UCAGUUGAGAUGAAGGUAUAAAUGUAGAGAAUCGCAGAGUGCACAUGUCCAGUCUGGUGAAUGAAGACUUGUCUCAGCACAACGAUGAUUGGCCUGAUUGUACUCACACUCCUGGGGGCUGCAGCGGCAGCUCCUAUGGAUGACAGGAUCGUGGGGGGUUAUGAGUGUGAGGCUCACUCCCAGCCCUGGCAAGCCUCUCUUAACAUCGGCUACCACUUCUGUGGCGGCUCCCUCAUUAAUGACCAGUGGAUCAUCUCUGCCGCCCACUGCUGGAUGAAUCCUUGGAGUCAGCUUGCUAUCCUGGGUGACCACCACAUCUGGCAGCACGAGGGAACGGAGCAGUACAUGUCUGUGGACGCCAUCUACUGGCACCAGAGCUAUGACUACCAGACCCUGGACCACGACAUUAUGCUGUUGAAGCUGGCCCACCCUGUCACUCUCAACAAGUUUGUUAAGCCCAUCGCCCUGCCCAUGGCCUGCCCCAAGGCCGGGGACAUGUGUGUGGUGUCUGGAUGGGGAAACAUCUACACCGACUCUGUGUUCAACCCAUUUAACCUGCAGUGUGUGGACAUCCCCAUCCUGUCUAAGAAGGCCUGUGACGAGUCCUACCCUGGCCAGAUUACUGAUACCAUGGUGUGUGCCGGAUACCUGGAGGGAGGCAAGGAUGCCUGUCAGGGUGACUCCGGUGGUCCCCUGGUGUGUAACGGUGAGCUGCAUGGCAUCGUGUCCUGGGGUGUUGGCUGUGCCCAGCCCAACUAUCCUGGUGUCUACACCAAGGUCUGUGCCCUGCUGCCCUGGAUCCACGAGAUCAUCACCAACUACUAGCCUGUACCCUCCACACCAGACUAGAGAGAGAGAGCGAGAGAGAGAGAGAGAGAGAAGAAGAAGAAGAUGAAGUAGAGGGAGAGGGAGAGAGAAGAAGAAGAUGAAGUAGAGGGAGAGGGAGAGAGAAGAAGAAGAUGAAGUAGAGGGAGAUAGAAGGCUGAUGUUGUUACAUGCAGGAAGACAAAGAGACAUCUAGUCAAUAAAAUGGCAUCUUUGACUUCA